AUGCAUAGAUUUUCAAAGGCGCUGUCGCACCCGUCAACGCUGGGCGUUGCCGUCCCCGCCAGCCCCAGCUGCCGCCGCCGACGCAUCCCGCCGCCGGCUCCGGGAAGCCGCCGCCAACCAAGGCUCCACUGGCUAUGGGAUCCCGCCACUAUCCCACGCGUUGCCGGGCUCCGGGAUCCAGCGGACAACCCGCUCGCCGCCAGGCACCUGGAUCCAGCGGCCAACCCGCUUGCCGCCGGCCACCUGGAUCUAGCGGCCAACCCGUGCGCCGCCGGCCUCCGGAAUCCCGCCACCCUGGGCGUCGCCGGCCGCCGCUGCGGCCAAACUCCUCCACCAGACGCCAAUCUCCCUCCAACACCGUCUGGUCUCUACGCCGGCGCCAAGGUUGUACUUCACACGGCCGGAUGCGCUCAACACAAACUUCCGCGGUUUGCACCUCUUCUCUCCUCUGAUUGCGCUGCCCCGACUACCGGCAGGCAUCCGGCUCCGUCCGUCACCUGCAAACCACCCACUCUCUCUUCUGGCGAUGUUCAUGCCGUGGUAGCCUGUAGGGAAAGCUGCAGGAAUUCGCUACUACUUUUACAUAAUGGAUCUGUGAUGGGCAUCCUCACAGUGUGCCUCUGUCCCAGGAGGAUGCAGCGACAGCCGGAUUUGCUUUAAUCUUGAAAGAGUGUAUUUGGAUGAGUUCCUACAAAAAAAGAAUUUGGCAGGUCAGAUACGAAAAUAACUGAAGUUCAAAAAGCUAGCAAACCGGGAUGAAAAAACAGGAGAACUUUGUAACAAAAUAUAGUAGUUGAACAACAGUUUCUACAGCAUAUUUAGAAUUAGAUCAAGAAGAAAAAAGAUAACACUGAAAGACUGUGUGUGUGUGUGUGUGUGUGUUUGCGGUCAAAUGAAAGUUUUAUUCAACAAAAGUGUUCCUAGGGCAGUCAGCAUAUGUGACUGGAAGACUGUGAGCAGGCAGAGUACUAGUUGCACAUGUAGGGGGCACGUACUAAUUGGAACAUCUACUGGACCAUCGUAUCUUAAAAAAGAGUCUACUCACUUAC